AUGGUCUGUCGUGAUUGCAUUCUUCUUAACCAUCAAGGCCACCAGUACAAAGGAUAUAAUGAAGAAUGUGAAACAGCACGUAAAGCAUUAAAGAAAAGUGUUGCUAGUUGUGAUGGAGUCAUUCCUCCAGUCACUGAAGCUAUUGCUAAUGGAGAGAAGAUGCUAGAGCAGAUAGCAACACGUAAAGAAGAAGUAAGGCAGGAAAUCAAGGAAACAUUUGAAGAGCUUAAAGCUGCUUUAGAUAAGAGAUGCAAUGAUCUACUAAUGGAGACAGAAGAGAUUGCUAGGGCUAAGAAGAACUCUGUCAAGAAGCAGUUAGACGGGUUUCAUAAACUGGUAAAACAGGUUUCUCAUGGUCGUCAUCUUGCAUCAUCAGUGAGUGAGCGUACUGAUCCAGGUGAAGUUCUGAGUGUUAAGAAGCUAAUCACCAAUCAACUAGAGGAAUGCAUUCAAGACUAUAAGAAACUACCUCUAGAAAUAGAAGAAAAUGAAGUGAUUUUAACACGCCUAGAUACGUCUUCUUUAAGUAAAGAAAUCAAUGAGUUUGGAAGUGUCUCUGAGGUAGAUAUAGAUGCAUACUCCAUUGAUAGUGGGUUAGCUAUUGCAUUGGCAACAGUAAAGAAAGAAAGGAAAUUCAAAGUGUCUCUACCAGCAGGCAUUGAUAAAGCAGCAAGCUAUUUGAAGGGUUCCUUUAUCAAAAGUGAUGGCAGUAAAGAGGAAGGUAGAGUUGUUAUAGUUAAUGAUAACAACACAGCCAUUGUAUCAUGCACACCUCAAAGUAUUGGUGGAUAUGAACUAUCAGUGACUAUAAGAGGCCACCAUAUUAAAGGUAGUCCUUAUCAACUGUCAGUAAAAGCAUCAAGAGACUAUACCACACUAACUAACCAGAGAUCCUUUAAUGUGGGGAAUGGUACUUAUGGUGUUGCUGUUCAUACUAAUGGUGAAGUAUUUGCUAGUAGCCAUGAUGAUGGGUUUGUUCAGGUAUUUAGUGAGGAUGAUACUGCAGUAAGAAGGAUUGGAUCUAAAGGUAAUGGCAAUGGGCAGUUUGACUAUCCUUGGGGUUUAUUACUGGUAGGAGACAGACUCUAUGUGUCUGAUAAUACUCUUCAUCGUGUGCAGUAUUUCUCAGCUACUACUGGUAUGUCUACUGAUGGUAAAGGUAAUAUAUUAGUAGCUGAUUUGAGCAACAGUAGAGUACAAGUGUUUAAAGAAGAUGGUACAUUUGUACAAGUCAUACAAUGUGAUGGUACUGCAUCUGAUGUAGCAGUUGAUAAUGAAGGAAAGAUACAUGUUACCAUUCAUAAUCAACAUCAUGUUCAAGUCUUCUCUCCUGAUG